CAAUUUUAUGUUUCUUUGUGUCAAGUAGUGAAUGAGCUGGAGAUUCCUAUUCUCAAUGAAUUAACAUAAUUAAUAAUAACACAGUCAAUCUUCUGAUUCUAUAUAUACAAUAUCGAGAAAUGUGAUUUAAUAUCAAUCAUCACUUAAUCAUUAAUUUUUUCAUAGUAAUUUCAGGAAAUUAAACGAUAAAUCAAUAUAGGAGUACUAGUAUAAUGGCUGAAUCUGCUUGCCCAAUGAAUGGUGGUGACGGCACGUAUAGCUACAGCAAGAACUCCACUUGGCAGAGAUCUGGUGCAAGUGCUGUGAAGGAUUUAAUAAAUGAGGCGUUGACGGAGAAUCUUGAGAUAGACAAGCUGUUAUGUGGUUCGAAGAGAUUCGCCGUCGCCGAUUUAGGUUGUUCGGUGGGGCCCAACACAUUCUACUCCAUGGAAUCCAUCAUCGAAGCCGUACAGCAAAAGUCGUCUCCUAAAAAACUCGAAUUCCAAGUGUUGUUCAACGAUCAGAUCGGCAACGACUUCAACACCCUCUUCGCCUCUCUUCCUCAGGAAAGGAACUACUUUGCGGCGGCGGUGGCGGGUUCCUUCUACGGCAGAUUGUUCCCUUCUUCCUCCAUCCACAUCGCCUAUUCCUCGGCCGCACUCCACUGGUUGUCGAAGGUGCCGGAGGAAGGAUCUCCGGCGUGGAACGCAGGUAAAAUCCACUACAACGGCGCGUCCGACGCGGUGGUGAGGGCGUAUGAAGAGCAGUUCGAGGAAGAGAUGGAGAUAUUCUUGAGAUGCAGAGCUGAGGAGAUAGUGGCGGGAGGGAUUAUGGUGAUUAACAUGCCUGGUGUGCCUCACAGAGAUGUUCCACAUCGUGCUGCCGUCAUGCUUAGUUUUAUUGAGUCCAUCCUCAUCGACAUGGUGAAAGAGAGAGUUGUAGAGCAAGAGCAGGUGGACUCGUUCAACAUUCCUAUUAUAUUUCCUUGUAUAGAGACAAUGAGAAGAGUGGUAGAGAAAAAUGGAAGUUUCGAAAAUGUGAAAAUGGAAAUGGUGGAUGGCAGGGCCCAUGCGGAGGCUGAGAGUGUAGUUAUGCACCUUAGAGCAGCAAUGGAAAGGACUAUCGCCAAUCACUUUGGAAAUGAGAUUAUGGAACAACUAUUCGCGAGAGCCAUGCAACGCAAGCUUCACUUCACUCAAAUCUUGGGAGGGACAUCAUCUCCAGCUAGUAUCUUUGUUGUGCUCAAGCGCAAAUAAUAUUUCCUACAAAUGCUCGCACACUACUCCAUCUUCUAUUUCAAGUAGUGUUUUGUUUUUCAAUGGAUAUGUCUCACAUUUGAUGACAUCAUUUAUAUUAGAAUGUUAUAAACUAGAGAUGAGGAGAAGAAAAGAGUAUGGAGCAGGGGCGGAUAUCAUUAGAGGGGGAGGCUAAAUUUGUUGAAUUAUGGCGUCUGAAAAUAUUUGUAUGGAGGUUUGAGGGCAGGAGACUCCAAAGCAAUUUUUUUUUAGCAUUCUCUACUAUUCAUUUUUAUGUAUUUCUUUAACAAUCACUUAAUAUAAAAAAUAGUUGUUCGUAAUUCAUUUAA